CUCGUGCAUACACCUGUGUGUAUCUUGUGUUAAGCUUUUCUGUGUUCAGUAAAAAAAAACUCCUGGAACUGCAGCAGCCUCCUCAGCCAACAGGCCACUUGAGUUUAGGCUGAAGAAGAAAAACCUUCUUCACAGAUCACUGGACUGAUUUUCUGGAUUACAUCUUCAGUUCUUGUGAGGUGGAAUCUUAUUUUCUUUCUGUUUUCAUAUGAAAUAAGCUAAUGAUGGGUUCAUCAGAUUUCUAGCAUGGGCCAUCAACUUUAUCAUCAAAGGAGAUCAGUAUUCAGUAAAUGAGGAGCCUUCACUUUAAACAGUUGAAUGGCACGGUGUUACUGUCGCUGGCGUAACGUGUUAAUCUGCGUGUGCACCCCAUGCAUCUGCCUGGUCCUGCUGUUCUUCUAUGUCGCUGUCAUGUUGAGCAUGAGCAUGAAUAGCACAACACCGGCCGGGACCGUAGUCUGGGAAAGUGGCCCACAAAGUGCUCAUUUUGUGGCCCCAGGAAUUUUUAGUAGUAACAACAACUUCCCCCCAGUGCCUAAAACUUUCUGGGAGCUCCACUUGCAUAGGGAUGCCUUUUGGAACCAUCUCCAGCUGGCAGUCGACCAUCAUUUCAACCCCAUCCUGCACCCUGACAACAUGAAGACAGGAUCUGAUAACACCACCUUUUAUGAAUCUCUACUGAGGCAAAGUUUUGCAUUAGUUACCGACCUGGACACCACGAAGAGAAACUUAGACAAGCUACCAGAGCAGAUUCAAGAGUUUGUGAGUCACAUGGAAAUGAGGGACUACCCAACCCUCAUACAGCCAGAUGGAGUAUGUGGAGCUGGGGCAAAAGAUGAGAAGGAGCCACCUCUGCUUGUCCUGGCUAUCAAGACAACAGAGCUGAACUUUAAGAACCGACAGGCCAUUCGACAGACCUGGGGCCAUGCGGGGUGGGUGACAGGAGAGGGGAGGAACCGCAGCAGAGGAGAACAGGAUGGAGGAUAUGUCCGCAGGGUGUUCUUGCUAGGCAAAGAAAGCCCUGAGGAGCUGGGUGUAGAUCUAUCUGAGUUAUUGGAGAUAGAGAAUAAACAUUAUGGAGACAUUCUGCAGUGGGACUUCAAAGACACAUUUUUUAACCUCACUUUGAAGGAUGUGCUCUUCUGGAAAUGGUUCUCACGUUUCUGCGGCCAGACUCGCUUUGUCUUCAAGGGAGACGACGAUGUCUUUGUCAACACCCCAAAAAUGAUUACCUAUCUCCAGGACCAGCUAAAGAAGCCGAACGCCGACGAGACCAUGAAAGACUUCAUGGUUGGAGAUGUCAUAGGCGCAGCCAUCCCCAACCGAGUGAACGACUCCAAGUACUUCAUCCCUGACAGCUUCUACAAGGGCCUCUAUCCUACCUAUGCAGGCGGGGGAGGGGUGGUGUACUCUGGCCUGUUGACCAAACGCCUACACAACAUGUCUAAAAGGGUUCACCUGUUCCCCAUUGAUGACGUCUAUGUAGGUAUGUGCAUGAUUCGGCUUGACGCCCACCCCGUUCACCACCCUGCCUUCCUCACAUUUGAUUUUCCUGAUAAGGAAGAGGAGGAGGAGCUCUGUUCGUACCACAGAAUCCUAUUGGUCCACAAACGAAGUCCCUACCAGAUAGUUAAACUGUGGACCCACAUCAAAAACACAGAAACACAGUGUUGGGAUGUGCCUCUAAGGAAUGAAGACAAGAGGGAGAAGAAACCAAAACUCUAAGACUAUCUCCUGUGAUUUAUGGCAAAGUUCAUCAUAUAGAGUUACCAAGAGGUGACACUGUGUUAACUAACAUCUAUAUUUAUUUACUAUUAUUUAACUUCAUUUAUUACACUAAGCAAUGUGAAAACCUUGGGGUCCACCAAAACAACAGUGUUUUCUGCGUAUGUUAAUCCACUUACUACAAAGAACACAUUCCUUGCAGAACCACUGUUUUAAAAAGUUUUUUUUAUUUGAGAUGCGUUUCUCCUUCCUCUCAAGCAGCUGUUGCUUGCUGUUCACUGUAUUAUGAAAAUAACCCGCUCUUCAGACUGUGAUCCAGCACAGUGACCGUCAUAGACAGGACACACAGACACGAUGGUCAUUCAAAAGGAUUCUUUAACUCAUCACGUUUGAAGUCUGCAGGUUUGAAAUGGAUGAGAAAAAUGUAGUUAAACAAAUUAAAAGCACUACGCAAUGCAACAGAAAAUGGCCAGCAGCCUGGCCCUUAAAGCUCAGAGUGAUGAAACCGGGAGGGCCUCCCCUCUCUUUGUUUGCCUCAUCUGCAUUACAUGAGCGGCUGCUCUCAGCCAAUCAACUUCCAGUGUUGUCUUAGAGUCAAAAGUUAAUCCUGCACCAACAGUCUCACAAUAAGCCAAUAUGAAGAAUAUGUAAAAUACACUUUUGUACAUUCCUCUGAACCAAUUCUUAUUUUGGAACAAGCUUUUAGUACUCCCUGCUCUGAGUCCCUGAAAACAGCUUCUAAUUGAUCUGCAAUGUGCAGAAAGUUCCUGCAGAACUGGUUCCACCGGCAGUUACAAGCAAACAAAGAGCGAUGUGAAUUGUGAGGUAAUCGCUUG